GUGACAUUGUGAUUGGUCCCUAUUUCUAACUCCAAUCCUAUUAUCUCAAUGCCUCCAUCAUCUCACAAUGCUUUGGUGAAUUGAAUUGAUGGAACUUGGACUCAGAAGCUUUGUCCAUUUCACUCCCAUGCACCACCAUUACCAUACACAUACACCACCACCAACAACAACACUUUUUCACCAUUUCUCCAAUAAUUCUCUUCUCUUCCCUGCAUGUCUCACCCUCUUAAACACUACUUCUUCCUCUUUCAUGGCUACCCAUUUGCAGGUAUCAGAAGGUGCACCCACUGAAGCAUUCGACCCUUCUCCUUCUCUUGCAAUUGGAGAAUACGACCUCUUAAUCGUUGGUCCUGGGAUUCUUGGUCGUUUGGUCGCUCACAAUUGGCGCCAGGAAUAUCCUGGUUGCAAAGUUUUUGGACAAACAGCAACCACUAAUCAUCAUCAAGAGUUAACUGAAAUUGGUAUCAAUCCGUCUUUGAAGUGGACCAAAGCCUCCUCCUUCAAAUUUCCCUAUGUCAUUUUCUGUGCUCCCCCUUACCAAUCCCCGGACUACCUUGGUGAUCUUAGGCUGGCUGCAUCAUGCUGGAAUGGUGAAGGUGCUUUGCUGUUUACAUCAAGCUCUGCUCCUUAUGAUUGUAAUGAUAAUGGAUUGUGUCAUGAGGAUAAUCCAGUGGUGCCAAUGGGUAGGAGCCCCAGGACUGAUGUCCUUCUAAAAGCUGAAAAGAUAGUGCUGGAGUUUGGUGGUUCUGUUUUAAGACUAUCUGGACUUUAUAAAGUAGAUAAAGGUGCACAUGCUUAUUGGUUAGAUAAGGGGAUUGUCGAAUCUCGUCCUGAUCACAUCCUGAAUCUUAUACACUAUGAGGAUGCGGCUUCCCUCUCUGUUGCAAUUUUGAAGAAACAAUUUCAUGGGCGGAUUUUCUUGGGUUGUGAUAAUCAUCCCUUAUCCAGGCAAGAAGUGAUGGAUUUGGUUUACAAAAGUGGGAAAUUUAGUAAAAAGUUUGAGAAAUUUACAGGAACCGAUGAUCCUCUAGGCAAGAGAUUGAACAACUCUAGAACAUGCCAGGAAGUAGGGUGGCAGCCCAAGUACUCUAGCUUUGCUCAUUUCCUUGAGACCAUCUGAUUCACUCAGUAUUUUGUCCAUGAUGAUCAUUAAUCAGUUGUUAAAUGAAAGCAGAAACACUAAAUUAUCAAUAAUAUUUUUUGCAUGUAAAUCCAUACUUGGCAAGAUUUUUUAGCCUUGCUGUGGUGGGGUAACAAAAAUAUGAUGGGUUCGCAGAUUUAGGCUGUGUUUGGAUAAAAAUUGAGAACGUGUUUUUGAAAAUUUCAAUGCAGGUUCUCGAAUUUUAAGACUAAAAUAAAGGAGAAUAAUUUAUAGUUUGAAGAGUAAAUGUAUCUUAAACUUUCCAA